UGGCCGGGGCAGAAGGGGGAGGGACCCACCGGGAGUCUGAUUCUUUAAACAAACUUUUCAGUAGGACUGCCUGCUUCCCUUCCUCUGCUGUAUCAGACCCAGACGAAAGGAGUUUGAAGGACUCCCGUAUAUUUCUACCUGAAGCCAAGGCCCAGAUCCAGCCGCCACCAUGUCGAGCAAGCGUGCCAAGGGAAAGACCACCAAGAAGCGCCCCCAGAGGGCCACCUCCAACGUGUUUGCCAUGUUCGACCAGUCUCAGAUCCAGGAAUUCAAAGAGGCGUUCAACAUGAUCGACCAGAACAGGGACGGUUUCAUCGACAAGGAGGAUCUGCAUGACAUGCUGGCCUCUCUGGGUAAGAACCCCUCUGAUGAGUACCUGGAGGGGAUGAUGAGCGAAGCACCAGGACCCAUCAACUUCACCAUGUUCCUCACCAUGUUUGGAGAGAGGCUCAACGGAACGGACCCCGAGGAUGUCAUCCGCAACGCCUUUGCCUGCUUUGAUGAGGAGGGAUCUGGUGUGAUCCACGAGGAUCAUCUGAGAGAGCUGCUGACCACCAUGGGUGAUCGCUUCACAGAUGAAGAAGUGGACGAGCUGUUCCGCGAGGCGCCCAUCGACAAGAAGGGCAACUUCAACUACGCAGAGUUCACCCGCAUCCUCAAACACGGCGCCAAAGACAAGGAUGAUGAGUAGAGGGAAGAGACCGCUGCCUUGGCCCCCGCACACAUAAUCCACCACAAAACAAUCCCUAGUUCCUACCUUUGUGGAGUUCGUAGGUUUGAGAGAAAUUGAAUAGGAAUGCAUUUAGGAAUACUGUAUAGCAAUGUCUUUUAUAAAUGGAAAGUAAAUUGUGUUUAUUUAGAUCUACGUGUAUAUCAAAGGUAGAAAUUUGGGAUUCAAAUAUUCUGCAAUACACUACUCUGUCAGUUUUUUUUAUCAUCAUUGAAGGUUUAUAUGGAUGAAGAGAGGUGUAUCACAGUAUCUGCAUCUCAUGGCUACAAGUCCUCUGCAGCUUCAUCCUCUGUGACUGCAGUUGUUCUGAUCGCUGUAGGGAACCUGGUUGGACUGUUGAGAUGCAUUUAACACCAAUAUGUGUGUGCGGGGUGUGUUUGGACUGCCAGAUUCAGUGCUACAUACAGUACCAGCCAUGUUUACCUCUUCCUGCCAAUUAGCUACCACACCUGCACAAGCACUGCAACAAGUCUCCUUCUCUGUCAUUUGUGUCCCUGUAUGUUGGAAAAUGGAUAAAGAAAUUGGUCAUUA